ACAAACCCCACGUCGCCCCAUAUCUACAUCAACACAACAACAACCUCAAAUUACAACAUACAAUGUCGUUUAUCCUUCCCUUACUAUCGUCCCCUGACAUCCCCUCAGCUGCAAAGUCAGAAGCCAUAACCCGAAUCCUCUCUGACCCCGGCCUGCCCACCAUCUCACCCCCAGCAACCUCCUCCUUCUGGCUCUCGCCCCUCCAUCCUGCAUUCUCUACAUCCCCAUCGCCCCCACCUCCAGAUGCUGAAAUUGUCAUCAUCGGCUCCGGCAUAACCGGUACCUCCAUCGCACGGCACCUCGUCCGAUCCCAGCGCUCCUCGUUGUCGAAACAAGACAAGAAACAAAAUCCCAUCGUCGUCCUCGAUGCUCGCGAUGUAUGCAGUGGUGCCACAGGACGCAAUGGAGGCCACGUGAACGAAGUCGGAUGGGAGGAGUACGGGGACCUAGUGACGCGGUACGGGCGGGAGGAAGCGAAAAAGAUCACGCGCUUCCGGAUGGCGCACGUGGAUGAGCUUAUGCGUGUUGUUUCUGAAGAGGACCUCAGCGAAGAGUGCGGGAUGAGAGUCGUGGAGUCUACGUGUGUGUUCUAUGGGAAGAAGGGAUGGGAAAGGGGGAAAGCGGCAGUCAAAGGGUUCAAGGAGGACUUCGGAGGGGAAGUAGAUGCUUGCAAGACUACUGAGGGGGCAGAAGAGAUGCAGACGAUGGGGGUACCGGGGGCAUAUGGAAUUAUCAAGGGCAAAGCUGGAGCGAUGUGGCCGUAUCUUUUUGUAUCUGGUGUGCUGGCGAACCUGAAGCGCGAUGAUGAGGGGUUCCAUGUUUGUGCGCAUACGCCUGCGACGAGUAUUUCAAUGUCUGAGGAUGGACUUUUCAUUGUAUCGACGCCGAGGGGUGAUAUCAGAGCAAGGCAUGUCGUCCAUGCAAGUAAUGCCCAUAUUGGCCACCUAGUUCCGGGAUUUAGAGGGAGGGUUUAUCCGCUACGUGGGCAGAUGUCGGCGCAGGUGCCGCCACAGGGAUUUUCGCAUCAGGGGGAAGAGAGGUCGUGGAGCUUUGAGUAUGAUGUCGGGUUUGAUUACUUGACACAGUUACCGAAGAGAGAAACUAGAGGGGAUGAAUGGGACGGUGGAGGGGAGAUGAUGUUUGGAGGUGGGUUUGUGCAAGCAGGGUUUAGUGGCCUGGUGGAGAUGGGCGUCGCGAGCGACGCGGAGUUAAAUGAGAAUGUUGCGGAGCAUUUGAGGCAAGGUCUUGGGAGGGCAUUUGAGAAUGUCGGGGGAGAUGGGUUUGAGGUGAAGAGCAUGUGGACGGGGAAUAUGGGGUUUAGUGUUGAUAUGCUUCCCUGGGUUGGAAAGCUGCCUGGGUCUUUAACUGAGAGGGGGUCGGGACAGGGAGCGGAAUGGGUGAGCGUGGGGUAUUCGGGGGAGGGAAUGGUGAAUGCCUGGCUGUGUGGUAAGGCAUUGGGAAUGAUGAUACUCGGAAAGGAGGAGAGUAUUAAGGGGUGGUUUCCGCAGAAUAUGGGGAUUUCAGAGGUGAGAAUAAGGGAGUCAGUUCUGGAGCGGUUUGUGGAAAUUGGGAGCAAAGGUCUAAACGACAAAUAGUAGCAACCCAUAUAUUCCGAACAUAAUACGAGUUACUGUAUUCUAAUA